UCUCGUGAAACACGAUGCGACGAAGGAAUGUGAAAGGCUCCCGCCCGCCGCCAUUUUCUUUCUUUCUCGACAAGCGGAGAGAGCGGUAGGAAGAGGUGAAGCGGACAUGGCGGAUUAUUCUACGGUACCCCCUCCUUCUUCGGGCGCGCCCGGGGGAGGCGGAGGAGGUGGCGGGGGAGUCAAUGACGCUUUUAAGGACGCGCUGCAACGGGCUAGGCAGAUUGCAGCCAAAAUUGGAGGUGAAUCAGGGACAUCGGUGAAUUCAAAUGAUUACGGUUAUGGGGGACAGAAAAGGCCUCUUGAAGAUGGAGAUGGCUCUUGGACAAGUCCGAGCAGUACAACACACUGGGAGGGAAUGCCCUCUCCUUUUAAAGAUCAACCUGAGCCUAAGAAAGUUGCUCCUCCAAAUAAUGAUUCUUUUGGAAGUCAGUUACCACCUAUGCAUCAGCAACAGAGGUCUGUAAUGACAGAAGAAUAUAAAGUUCCUGAUGGCAUGGUUGGAUUCAUAAUUGGUAGAGGAGGAGAACAAAUUUCCCGUAUACAACAAGAAUCUGGAUGCAAAAUACAGAUUGCACCUGAUAGUGGAGGUCUUCCUGAAAGAUCUUGCAUGUUAACUGGGACUCCAGAAUCCGUGCAGUCUGCAAAACGGUUACUUGACCAAAUAGUUGAAAAAGGAAGACCCACACCAGGAUUCCAUCAUGGUGAUGGUCCAGGAAAUGCCGUCCAGGAACUUAUGAUUCCAGCUAGCAAAGCAGGAUUGGUUAUUGGGAAAGGUGGAGAAACAAUAAAACAGCUUCAGGAGCGAGCUGGAGUUAAGAUGGUUAUGAUUCAAGAUGGUCCACAGAACACUGGAGCAGAUAAACCUCUGAGGAUCACAGGAGAUCCUUACAAAGUUCAACAAGCAAAGGAGAUGGUUUUAGACCUAAUUCGUGAUCAAGGUGGUUUUAGAGAAGUACGCAAUGAAUAUGGGUCAAGAAUAGGAGGAAACGAAGGACUAGAUGUCCCAAUACCACGAUUUGCUGUUGGCAUUGUAAUUGGAAGAAAUGGAGAAAUGAUUAAAAAGAUACAGAACGAUGCUGGUGUCAGGAUCCAGUUUAAACCAGAUGAUGGAACAACUCCAGACAGAAUAGCUCAAAUUACUGGACCUCCAGAUAGAUGCCAACAUGCAGCAGAAAUUAUUACAGAUCUUCUUCGAAGUGUUCAGGCUGGCAAUCCUGGUGGUCCAGGGCCUGGUGGUCGUGGAAGAGGUAGAGGACAAGGAAACUGGAAUAUGGGGCCUCCUGGUGGACUGCAAGAAUUUAAUUUUAUUGUUCCCACUGGAAAAACUGGAUUAAUUAUUGGAAAAGGUGGUGAAACUAUUAAGAGUAUCAGCCAACAAUCUGGUGCUAGAAUUGAACUUCAGAGAAACCCUCCACCAAAUGCAGAUCCCAACAUGAAAUUGUUCACUAUUCGGGGGACACCACAGCAGAUUGAUUAUGCUCGACAGCUUAUAGAAGAGAAGAUUGGCGGUCCAGUGAAUCCUUUGGGUCCUCCUGUGCCGCAUGGUCCUCAUGGUGUUGUUCCUGGCCCACAUGGGCCUCCUGGGCCUCCUCCUGGUGCCCCCAUGGGACCUUACAAUCCUGCUCCUUAUACUCCUGGCCCUCCUGGUCCAGCACCUCAUGGCCCUCCAGCACCAUAUGCUCCACAAGGCUGGGGUAAUGCUUAUCCACACUGGCAGCCACCAAAUCCUCCUGAUCCAGGUAAGCCAACAGAUCCUAAUUCAGCAGCAUGGGCAGCCUAUUAUGCUCACUACUAUCAGCAACAAGCGCAGCCACCACCUGCAGCUCCACCUAGUGCACCACCAGCCACGCAGACCAAUGGACAAGGAGAUCAGCCAAAUCAAGCACCAGCAGGGCAGGUAGAUUACACCAAGGCAUGGGAAGAGUACUAUAAAAAAAUGGGUCAACAAGGGCAGCCACAAGAUUAUUCAAAGGCUUGGGAGGAAUAUUACAAGAAGCAAGGUCAGGCAGUUCCAGCUCCAGCGGGGGCACCACCAGCAGGUCAGCCUGAUUAUAGUGCAGCAUGGGCCGAAUACUAUAGACAGCAGGCAGCCUAUUAUGCCCAGACAAGUCCACAAGGAAUGCCGCAACAUCCUCCAGCACCCCAGGGCCAAUAAUGAGAAGUGGACAAUACAGUAUUUGCUUCAUUAUGUGGGGGAAAAAACCUUUGUUAAAUGUGUGGAUGCAGACGCCUUGAUGAAGAUCAUAAUUUUGUUUGGUUUAAAAAUAGUGUUUUGAAAAUGUACAAAAUAUCUAUCACUACUGAUAGGAGGUAAUAUUUCUGUGUAGAAAUGAAAUUGGUUUGUUUUUAGUACAUUAGUGUAGAUGUACACAUUCCAGCAAAUGUAUUUGCAACUAUUAUGUGGUCAAUGCUUUGUGAUAUAAAUGUACUUUUUUCAAUGUAUACUUGAUCACUUUUAAAUGCCUGUUUUGUGCUUUACAAUAAAUAAUAUGAAACCUCCUGUGUCGGUAAGUUGGAUAUGUGGGUCUCCAGAAUUCAACGACUUGUUAGCAAUGCUGUACAUGUACACAAGUAAGAGCUUUUUCCUUGAAAGUUUUGAGUUUGACGUUGGUAUUCUCCCUUUGCAGAAUAGUUUAGAAGGAUCUCUUUUGUUGCUGUAUUUUGCUGUUUAGCAUCUUGAUAUCCUUCUCUUUCUACUUGAUUAAAAUUUGCAUGUAUGUGAAGGUGUUUCUUGACAUACUUCUGUUGUGUUAACAGUUGAAGUUUCUUUUUUUUCAUGACCACUGUCUCAGACCCAUAUAGCUGCUAUAGUUAACCUUUGUUUUUAUACAUGAUUUGAUUAUUUAGUAUAUUUUUCAGGCACGUUAUUAAAAUAAUUACUGUAGCAAUUAGAUGUGCAAAGCGGUCAGUUUGCUGCACUUUGGUUGAGAAUUCAGUGUAGUAAGGUUAUCUUAUUUUAGUUACAAAACUGCAUUUGUCAUAGAAACAUGCUUUUUGGAGUCCUGAAAGUGCUUAACAGAUAAAGUCUAUUUUAAAAUGCUGAAGACUAGUCAUUCAAUUUAUAUUAUGAAAAAAGUCUCCAUAAAGUGUUUUAUUCUUAAUAGUCAUACUGAAAAUUGGUGUUCUGUUAAAAUCCACUGUUUGCUUUUUUGCAUAUAUUAGAUUACAUGCAAUACAGUCUGUCUUGCCAUUGUCUGUUGAAGUGCAGGUUUGAUCCAGCCAGUAUAGAACUAGCUCUGUAGGGGUGAGGAGGACUGUGCUGUGUAUCAUCUUUGAUUGUUCCUUCAAGGAGCAUUGCACUGUAAGUACAUCAGAAUGACAAAAUGAUGAACUGCAACAGUAUCUUUUUGUCAGUGUUCCACAUAAUGCAAAUGCCAUACCUGUGUGAAUAUUAUGUUGGAAUAAAAUACAGUGCUGAUAUCUUAGAAAAUCAUAACUGCUUCUUAAUUCAGAAACUUAGGUGUGCACAUAUAUAUGUAUGUAUGUAUAUGUGAGCUUUAUGGGUAAGUAUUGCUGAGACAUUUAGUUUUAGCUGAAUUGUCAUGUACCUAAGUAAUAUUUUUUCAUUAGGGGUUCAGAAACAAGAUGUAUUCAGAUAUAAACUUGUGUAUUGUUAACAAAGUUUAAAUUGCUUGUAAGGAGGACACUGUUUUGUCUUCAGUUUGUCUGCUUAUAUUUGGUGAUAUAGGUAUAUGUUAAUAACCUGUAUUAGCCUUAUCUUUGGAAACUAUUUUGUUGGGGUUCUUUUUGAGAAUACACUUAGAGCGGUUGGUAGAGAAGAAUGAAAUGAAGCUCAGAAAUGAAGUCUUUUACUGCACAGAUAGCUAGAAAUGCAUUCUAUAGUCCUGUAGAAUCAGGAGGGAAUUUAUUUUUAUCCCAAUUUACAUUAGGAUUUAAAGUAGACUUUUGAAAAGAUUAUUAGGAAAUUAUUAAAUAUAUUUAGAGUAGGCUAUAAAGGCUCUAGAGCAACUACUUUGCAUGAUGCGACUGUAGCUUAUUGGAGAAUGGUGUAGCUGCUAACUAAACAGAACAAAAAUUCACCAGAUUCUUUAUCAUUCACCAAAUGGAGGCUGUUGAUUUUGAUUCAUUUAAAGUAUAAAAUCUUUAUUAAUUGCAAACAGUGCAAUUAUUUAUACUUCACAGUGCCUUCCCAGACCUUCCACCUUAGGUUCUGCUGCAAAAAGCACAGGUAAGCACAACCUAAGGAAGUGUAUAAAUACAUAUUUCAGUAUAUUAAUGUUGUCCCUGUGAGAUUUUUUUUGUGGUUGUGUAUUCAAAAGCAAUCUGCCAAUAUCUUCCCCAAAUGUAUUCUGCUAUUCAUGGUUCAAUUCCAGUGGAAAGUCUGAAACAAUUAUUUACAUUUCUGGGUAAAUGUGUGUCUUUAUUUUUAAAAGAUAAGUGGAUUGCUGCAAUAAUUUUUGAGUAAGUCACUUUUACUAUUUUUCCCUCAGUAGCUGAGUUGUUUCAAAUGAAUAUAAAUUAUUUUUUUCAAGAUACAGGAAAUACUUGGUCAGAACUUCAACAGCCUUCACAAAUGCUUUUAUAAUGUAAAGGAUGUUAUACCCAAUACUAUUUACUCAAGCAUACUGUGUUACUCUAAUUCCCAAGACUGAUGUCUAAUUUUUUUACGUUAUACACCAUAAUAUCCGUACAACAGAUUAACCUAGCUUGCUUAUUUGAUUUGAUACAGAAGGAAAAAUUUAGACUUGAAUUUUGAAGAACAGCUUAUUAGUAAGCAUGUGUGCCAGUAAAAUGUUAACAGUUCGGCAAAUCUUUCCUUUUUAUAGUGAUUUCUUUGCUAUUUCAGCUGAAUUGCUGUAUAUUUUUGCCAGUUUAAAAUGUUUUGUGUUAUGGCUUAUUUAGAUAGCUUAACUGGUACAUUUUUUUAAUUUAGACAAUACUAAGGCAGUACCAUCAGUUUUUUGUUUGUCACUUAAUAAAAUGUUUUGAUUUUCUCAAAAGUCCUGUUUUUCUCUGCAUCAAAGAAAAUUAUUCAAAAAUACUGCCUUCAUUUUCACACACAGUGCUGAAGAUGCUGCAAGCACCAAAUCAUAGCUCAUAAAAUCAGGUCCUGAGAUAGUUACUUCCAAUAAAGAGGAUUCCUUUGAGUGUAUGGCCAUGGUGAGCCGAUGAGCAUGGACCAUAGAAGGGCUCCAUGUAGAAGGUAAAAUUGGCAAAAUACCGAUUUUAAAUGUAUCCCAUACUUAAUGGUGUAGGGUAUAAUUUGCCUGUUUUAAUCACUUCUCAUUCUUUAAAGUGCUAUUUGCUUGACCAUAAAUGUUCCGUAAUUUGUUAUGUGGUAACAAUACAAGCCAUCUAUCAAUUUACACGUUGCUAAAUAGUCAAGCAUAGAUAUGUUUUGCAUUUCACAACUAAAUUUAAUAGCUGUACUUGAAAACCCUCAAGCCGCUUCAUUUUUUUGUUGUAGUUCAGCAUGUCAGAUUUCAUUUUUAUUGGGAACUAGGUUUGUGUUGUGCUGUUGACCUGCUAAAGAACUUCAUCUGGGCUGGAUUUCAUUUCCCCAUUUUAAAAACAGAGUUUUAUUUUUGCCACUCCAUUUUUAUAAAUGCAGCUUAAAUUGUAGAACAAUUCAAGGCAAGGGAACAAAUAGAAAAGAUGGAUAUGUCUGACAUAGGAGGCGAUUUAACAGUCUAAGCAUUAAUCUUUUCAUUGGGCUAGUGGUACUUUAGGUAUCUUCUGACAUUGUGUAGUUUUGCUGUUCAGUUUCAGUCUCUGAUUUCUUUCAGGAACAUUAUUGGUUUUUCUUGAGCAGUUGUGAUUUGUCAGGAAAAAUUGCAGAUUUUAAUAUAGAAUGUUAGAGUACCCUGACUUGAAUCAGGUGUGAGAGUGCAUGUUUUAAAGGAAAUAAAAGAACAUCUUUAAAUUUCAGUAAUGCUCACAGAUCACUGCUUAGUGUGAGUUCUGUAUAGUCAAGCUGUGCUGAUUUAAUAAUAAUUCCUUAUCUGUAUCUUUUGUAUAAGUUACACUUAAGUGGUUUUAGGGGCUAGGUAGGCUAUGUGUUUCACUAAUCACUUCUUUCCACAAAAUAUUAUGAGCAACAGGGGCAGCCUUUCUUUUCAUAGGGUUAAGAGUUUAGAGCAUCUAGAUCUUUUUCUUAUACUAGCUUUUCAGAAAGCAAGACACAGCCUGCAUAAUGCAUACAACAAAUCCACUUUUCCUACUUGCAGUAUCCUUAAGUUUAUGCAACCUUUAUCUUAUAUGCAUGCAACAUGCAUUUUCGUCCUGAGAUAGUGUUCUUUACAGAAACUACCCGUGUUUUAAAAAAGAAGAUUGUCUUUAAAAGGCUACUGUGAUGGGAAGUAUCUUAGGGAGAUGCAGCUUGGACGUGAGGUAAAUCAAAUGCUUUACACUAUGUUGUGUUGAACUUGCAAUAAGGCAUUGUAUGUAUUCAUGAAAAUACAUUAUUUGUAAUGUUUUUGUAUAAGUUCUCAAUAAAUGUAAACUAAUGGGUA